UCGAUUUUGCCGAUGGUAUAUAUUAUCGUAUCGCUUAGUCCAUAAAAACAACGCGCAGUUAUAGUCUUCAAAACAAAUGCAGCAAAAUGCUUGGCAAGAGCAUUGAUAGUACAGGCAAGCAGCCAACAUUUCACGUAAUUCGAGAAGUCUACGACAGUUCAAAUGCACACGAACGCUUUGAAGCAGAGCUGGAAAAGGCGCUUGAGGCGAAAGUAGACUUUAUAAUCAUCGAGCCGCCGCGAUUAGGCGAUGAGACAGGUCGCUGGAUAUGGGUAGGCAAUUGCCUCCACAAGACUGCAGUGGCAACUGGCGUUGUUUCCUUAAUAUCUAGCUUGUUGUGGUACGACCGUCCAGUGAUUGCGGCUCCCAUUUGUGCAAUGUCGCUCUUCUGUACCGGAUUGUAUACAGUUUCCUGGAACUAUGAUCCUUGCUGCCAAUAUCAGGUGGAGGAGAAUAACGAAGUUGCAUUAAACAAGCUGCCGUUAACAGAUGUAUCCUCGCCUGUGAUCCUGGGCUAUGCGCCUAAUACUCAAUCCAAAUACUUGCAUCGUGGCAUUACCUUCUUAUCGGCGGCUUUGUGUGCUUGGCAGAUAUGGCGGUCAUAUAAGUAAACGA